AUGUACAUGCAGUGGACAACAUCAAAAUCAAUUAAAAAGUGGGAAAAGAAACGCAUGAAGAUGAAGUCGAGUAAACGACAAAAGCAACAAAAAAACCUUAAGUCGUGGAUAUCCAAACAUGAAUUUCAUGGUACAACAAAGGGAAAUAUUAAUGACUACAUAGGUCAGAGAUAUGAAGCAGACGAAGACGUUUAUGUCGAGACCCUUAUCCCUGAUCUUCCUUCUGAACUUCAAAGCGAUGUCAAGCGCCAUAUCUGCUUAGAUCUACUAAAGAAUCUAACUAUCAUAAAAGACAGUGGAUUGGCUAAGCAAGAACCAUUAUUGCUUAAAAUCUGUGACUCUCUCAAACCAGUGUUCUUCAAUGAGCACCACUACAUUGUUAGGGAGGGAGACCCAAUCGAUGCAGUGUUCUUGAUUACAGAAGGCAUUGUAUGGACUUGUACAAGCAACAAUGGUGAAGGAUCUGGCCCUCAACAUGCUGAGCGUCUUGAAAAAGGUCAGUACUUUGGAGGAAAACUUCUUGAAUGGGUUUUGACACCUACCUCCGACGACAUGUACAACCUAUCAAAACUCCCUAUUUCGUCAAAAACCCUGAAAACACACACAAAAGUGGAAGCCGUUGCUCUGAUGGCCCAUGACUUGAAACAAAUAUGGCAGUCUAAGUUGUCAAGAUUAGGCCAAGAGCAAUUGCAGUCCAAGGCUGCUGCUCGCGUACAGCGAAUCUGGCACCGCAAUCACCCGAAGACAGAUGAUAGCAAUAGCAUUGGUGGUGGUUCAAGAAAACUUUAG